AUGUACGCGGGCGAAGCCCACCACACGCUUUUAACCUCUCCCGACCCACCACCACCAUCGUCUCGUGAGCCGCUGGCCGAAUGGAGAACGCUCGCCGACCAGCUCAACUUACGAUGGCGCCAUCACGUUCCGGGGACGAUACCAAUUAGCGGAGAUUCGGCAAUUAAUUCGCACGGACAUAUCGCGCGCCCCGACUCCGCUCGCCUCGCCCAU